GCUCGCAGAGGUAACUUGUACGUAAUUCUACACCAAAAAACACAACCUUAACAAACCAACAAAAUGGCUCCUACCACGAUCCGAACGCCGCCCGCUCUUGCGGACUUCAAGCCUCUUGAAGAGCACCUCCGGCAAACUCCCGAGACAUUCUUUGGCGGAAAGCCAGUCCUCUACUACCAUGCGACCGGCGCAAAGGCCUGGAUUCCCAAGUCGCAGCGCGGCAGGUUGCCCUUCUUCCCGGCCGACCUCGAGGCCGAACCUACAGCUCCUGAAAGUGCCGCUUUGAGUGAGGGUGCUGAGGAAACCGUUGAGCAGAAAGUUGAUCUCUACGUCAACUCCCAAAACCUCACGAUAUUUUCACCUUCCGCCGAAGUUGGCUUUGAGAUCCCCUACCCCGUGAUUAGCAUUCACGCGAUCAAGACCAUUGGCACCGGCGAAACAAAGUACCCCUCCGUCUUCCUCCAGCUCGAGCUCUCCCCCGACGGCGGCGCCGACGACGACGACUUUGAAACCGUCGAACUCACCCUCAUCCCCCAACCUGCUCCUGCCACCGAAUCCCAACAAACCGAAAUCGAGGAGGAGCCAACAAUCGGCAAGAAACAACCCGACAAUGAAGCAACAAAACUUUACAAAGCCAUCUCCGCUUGCUCCGAUCUCAACCCCGACCCCGUCGAAGAAGGCGACGAAGACGAAGAUUACGACGAUGACAGGAUAGUCUUUGAGGGCGAUGCCAUCGAAGGUUUCCAGGGCGUGUUUGCGGGGUCGAAUUCGGGAGGUCUGCCGCCGCCGAUGCCUGGUAGUUCCGGGUGGAUCACGGCGGAGAACGUGCACGAGUACUUCGAUGAACAGGGGAAUUGGAUCGGUGGCGAGGAGGUUGAGAUCGAGAUCGAAGGAGAGGAAGACGGUGGCGUAAAUGGAGGAGAGCUUGGAGAAGGUGCUGGUACCGUGAGGAGGAGGGAGGAUGUAGAGGAUCCGGCUGGUGGUGGAAGUGGAGAAAAGGAAGAUCAGGGUGAGAAUAAGAGGGCUAGGAUUGAGUAGGGAACUCAAGGUCAAGCGAAAGCGCCCAGUAGACGCCUGUGCGUUCCGGCUGUUGGAGUGGACAUGGCUAGGACUGGGUACAAUGAGCUUGGUAUACUUCUGGGGAUGGUCGUUGGUAUCGGUCUGAAAAGAGAGCGAGACGAAAGAAGGUGCAUCAAAAUUCACAAUCAGCGUGUUACGUACGGGCGGGCUUAGUACUCAUGAUUACUGAAAAUGAUUGCCGGUGCGUGAGUCUUAUACCUGAUCCGUGUAUUGACAUAUCCGCCUGGUUACCUACCCCGUAAACUUUGGUAACAAACGGCGAAGCACUUGAAAGCAGGGCAGGCCGCUGCCUUGUGAUAAUUCACCGGACGUUUGCGAUAUGCCCGUCCACAAAAUCCAC